AUGCUCUUGGACCCCUCCAUUUUUGCUGAGGAAACAGAGUGGCUACCAUCUUCCCUCCCACCACUGAAGGUCUUUGCUCCCAGUAUUCUUCAUGGCCACGGGGCCAGUGAUAAAAGCAGCUCCGUCAAGCUUUUGGACUCUCCUGUCUCCAACGAGAGAGCAAGAAAAGAAGAGGACAAGAAAGCAACUCCUGACAAGAAAGGGACUUCUGAUACUAAAAAGAAAGAAAAAGAUGAUGUUGAAAAGAAAGCAGUGAAAGAAACUCUUGUCGAAGCGAAGAAAAAAGAGCCGGGGAAAAUUCCGGAAGCCAAACAAGGCACGACGAAAUCUGCAGCCCAGGGAUCAAAAAAGGAAGACAAGAAAGAAGCCUCCAAGACAACAACUUCGCCUAAGACAGCAGAAGCAAAAUCACCAAAGAAGGAGACUUCUGCCCAAAGUGAGAAACAAGCCAAAGCAAAGCCCGAAAGAACCAAAAGCGAAGCCUCCUCAACCAAGAAAGCCAUCCCUGCCAAGAAGGAAGAAAAAACAUCAAAGCCUGUGGAGCCAGAAAGAGUGAAAGAUAAAGCUGCAAAAUCUUCUUCAGUCCUGAAAGAUAAAGAGCCCAGGGUGAAAAAUGUGUCAACUUCAGAGGCUGUUAAGGGGAAGUGCAUGAAGACUUCAGACCCUGUGAAAGCCAAAGAUGGUAAGAUGCUAGAACCUCUCAAAGCAAAAGAAGGGAAGGCACCAGACUAUCUGAAAGUGAAGGUUGUGAAGACUCCGGAACCUCUCAAGGUAAAAGAUGUCAAGACCUCAGGACCUCUCAAAGUAAAGGAGGAGAAGAUUCCUGAACCUCUCAAAUCAAAGGCCCCGAAGACUCCAGAACUUCUCAGGUUGAAAGAUGUACCGAGACCAGAACCUCACAAGACAAAGGAUGGGAAGACUCCAGAACCUCUCAAAGCAAAGGGCCUAAAGACUCCAGAACCUCUCAAGAUGAAAGAUCUAAAGCCCCCAGAACCAUUCAAAACAAAGGAUGGGAAGACUCCAGAGCCUUUCAAAGUCAAAGAUACAAAGACUUCAGAACAUCUCAAAAUCAAAGAUGCUAAAACCCUGGAAACUCUCAAAGUGAAAGAUGUGAAGACUCCAGAACCUCUCAAAGUCAAAGAUACAAAGACUUCAGAACCUCUCAAAGUCAAAGAUACAAAGACUUCAGAACCUCUCAAAGUCAAAGAUACAAAGACUUCAGAACCUCUCAAAAUCAAAGACAAGAAGACUCCAGAACCUCUCAAAGUCAAAGAUGGAAAAACUCCAGCUUACCCAAAGGAGAAAGCUACAGUAAUGCAAGAAGUCCAGAAGAGAGAACCUGAGAUUCAAAAAGUUGAAAAACCCACAAAAACAGAACCUGAUGUCAAAAAAGAAGACAAACCAGUCAAACCAGAACUGGAAGCUGAUCAUCAUGGAAAAGAAACAACUCUCACCAAAUCGGAUAAGAAAAAAGCAGAAAAGCCUGAAAAAGAAAGUGACGGAGAAGCUACAACAAAGAAGCAACUAAAAGAGGAAAAAGAACGCAUCGAGGAUGUUACUUCCACCAAGAAGGAUGGAGAAGAAUCUGAAGACAUCACAUCCACUAAGAAAGAAAGAGGCCCAGUCAGUUUCUUCCAGUGCGUCUACUUGGAUGGGUACAAUGGAUACGGCUUUCAGUUUCCUGUGACUCCAGCUCACCACCCUAGAGAGCCUGUAAAGUCACCAGAGCAGAAAUCCCGAGGACAGUAGAGAGUCGUGCCACCUGUGAUUUUUGAGGUUUUGUUUUUUUAAAAGGUUUUGAAUACUAAAUUGACUCUGUUCCACAGUGGUACCCACAUCUAUAGGACUGGAAAUCCAGCCUCCCACCAGCAUCGGAAAAUGUCGCUACGGACCCUAGGGGUAGGUCUAUAUACCCCUUGGGUUUAAAAGCUCCUGGGAUAUUUCUAAGUCAGUCAAUCAAUCAAAAGCAUGCAUCAGGGCCUGCUCUGUGUAAAGUAGCUUACUACGCCCUUGGGAGAGCACAAUAGACUUAGUACCCAUCAACCCUUUCCCUCAAGGAGUGACGAUCUGAGAUGUCUGAUUUGUGUUGAGUGUAAUUAAAUGGCAACUUUCCCCAUGGGCUAUUUAAAGAAAGAAAUGGAAAACUUGGACAAGAUUCUUUCAUGACCAGCAUCGAAACCCAGCCUGAAAUGAAAUUCCUGAUUCGAGGAAGAGUUGCUAAUUCUUAAAAAAUAUGUUCCACCGGCGCUUGUCUGUUGUAUAACUGUCUACGUUUGUAUUAAGUGCGUGUUUGAACUUUGCAAACCUCUGUAAGGUGAAGUGAAAGAGCAUCAUCUUGCUCAGGAAUGUAUGUAGCUAAAGGAUGGCAGUGCUUGAAGACUGUUCACAUGAUGUGUUUUUUGCAAGUUCAUCUCAUUGUCCUCUUCACAUCCCAAAAUGUCUCUCCUUAGCUGGUGCAUCAGAUGAUAGAGGCAUAGUGGCAAUCUA